AUGGCUAACGCCAAGGGUAAAAAUAAACCAUUGACGAAUAAGUUGCCGUCUUCUGGGAAGUUAAAGAACGCUUUUACAGCGGAGGUAGUCGAUGAUAUUCUGCAAAUUCCCAUAAGUCGCCGUCUUCCGCCAGACAAGCUGUUUUGGCCGUUGAAUAAGUCGGGGUUUUACACUGUGAAAGUCAGGCGGAAUGUUUGGAGCUGUAACAUGCGUCCAAAAGUGAAGCAAUUCCUAUGGAGGAUUUGCCAUAACGCUCUUCCCUGCAAUCUGAAUCUAGCUAGGAGGAAGUUGUCAAUUGAUGGUAGUUGUCCCAGAUGUAAAAAUCAUGAGGAAUCUGUGCUUCAUUGUUUAAAAGAGUGCAAAAAAGUUCGAGGUGAAGAGGCUCAAAUUUUCAUCUUAUGUCUUUGGAACAUUUGGAAUGAUCGUAACGAUAUUGUGUUUGAGAAUCGUCGAUGGCCACCUCCGCUUCUUUUUAAUAGGGUCCAGUCCCUUAUUACUCCGGCUGCUGCUAAGGAGAAUCGUCCUCCUGCUGUUGGAGCUCAGGUCUGGAAGCCUCCCCACGCUGGUGUAUUGAAGAUUAACUCGGACGCGGCCAUUUCUGUGGAAAAGAAAAUUGCAGCAAUCAGCAUGGUGUGCAGAGAUUCGUCGGGAGCAGUUUUGCACAGUGGCACUAAAAUCUUGCAUGGGAUUAUUAACGCAGAGGUAGCUGAAGCUGAAGCCAUUUGUUUGGGGUUGCAGUUAUCGGCUGAUUUACCCUAUGCCAAGAUUGUUUGUGAAUCAGAUUGUUUAAGUGUCAUUAAUAGAUUUCGGUUUCCUCACAAUGCAAUGGAUCUUACUCAGCUUAUUGUCGAAGACUGCAUCUCUUUUUGUAAUGGUAGAGAGGUAGCUUUUAAUUUUCUGAAAAGGGAUGGUAACCAUGUAGCUCAUGCUUUAGCUAAAUGGGGCAUUUUCAUAGGUAAAGAUUGUAUCUUUGAUGGGCGAGUUCCUACUCCAAUCAAUGAUCUUGUAAUUUUCUUUCAUGAUUAA